AAUUCACAACAUUAUUCAAUUCCAACAUGGGAACCUGCAUGGAGAAUUUUAAUGAGGAGGAACACAUUUUUCGCAGUAAAUUCAAGCCGGUCCAAGUUCCGGACAACGUGACGCUGCCGGAAUUCGUGCUCGAAAACGCCGAAUUAUACGCCAACAAGGUUGCAUUUGUGGAUGGUGUGAGUGAGAAAGCUAUGACUUAUAGUGAGGUGGUGAGAGACACAAAGAGAUUGUCAAAGGCAUUAAGGUCUCUUGGUUUAAGGAAGGGGAAUGUGGUGAUUGUGGUGCUUCCAAAUGUGGUAGAAUAUGGAGUCAUUGCUUUGGGAAUAAUGGCUGCUGGUGGUGUGUUCUCAGGAGCAAAUCCAGCAUCACAUGUUUCAGAGAUUAAGAAGCAAGUAGAUUCUGCUGAUGCCAAAUUAAUUGUCACAGAUUCUACAAUCUAUGAUAAGGUGAAAGCUCUAGAGUUGCCUGUAAUUGUGCUAGCUGAUGAGCCAAUUGAGGAAGCUAUGAACUACAAAAAACUACUUGAAGCCGCGGACCGCGCCGGCGACGAUUCGGCUAAAGAACCAAUUCAUCAGAAUGAUCUGUGUGCCAUGCCAUUUUCAUCAGGAACCACAGGGCUCUCAAAGGGUGUGAUGCUUACUCACAGAAACUUAGUAGCAAAUCUUUGCUCAACACUCUUCGGUGUGGGACAAGAAAUGAUUGGCAAUGUGACAACACUAGGACUAAUCCCAUUCUUUCACAUCUAUGGCAUAACUGGAAUAUGUUGUGCCACUCUUAGGAACAAAGGGAAAGUUGUGGUUAUGGAAAGGUAUGAUUUGAAGACAUUUAUUACUGCAUUGAUCAAACAUGAGGUCAAUUUUGCACCAAUUGUGCCCCCAAUUAUUCUUGGAUUGGUGAAGAAUCCAAUAGUGGAUGAAUUUGAUCUUAGCAAGCUUAAACUCCAAGCUAUUAUGACUGCAGCUGCUCCACUUGCACCAGAAGUCCUUAAUGCAUUUAAACACAAGUUUGCUGGUGUUGUUGUCCAAGAGGCAUAUGGACUAACUGAGCAUAGCUGCAUCACACUUACCCAUGCAAUAAAAGACGCUGGGGUUCUACACAAAAAUUCAGUGGGGUUCAUCCUCCCAAAUUUGGAAGUUAAAUUUAUUGAUCCUGAUACUGGUCGAUCCCUCCCAAGGAACACACCUGGGGAAAUUUGUGUCAGAAGCCAAUGUGUAAUGCAAGGUUACUAUAAACAGGUUGAUGAAACUGCUCAUACAAUUGACAAGGAUGGAUGGCUUCACACUGGGGAUGUAGGAUACAUAGAUGAUGAAGAGAAUAUAUUUAUUGUUGAUCGCAUCAAGGAGUUAAUUAAAUACAAAGGAUUCCAAGUAGCUCCUGCUGAGUUAGAGGCCAUUUUGUUAUCUCAUCCGUCGGUAGAAGAUGCCGCAGUUGUGCCGUUGCCAGAUGAAGAAGCAGGGGAAAUCCCAGCGGCGAGUGUUGUCGUGAGCCGCGGCGCAAGAGUGACCGAAAAGGAAAUCAUGGACUAUGUUGCUUCAAAUGCUGCACAUUACAAGAAAGUGAGGGUGGUGCACUUUGUAGAAACCAUACCAAAAUCACCUUCUGGGAAGAUAAUGAGAAGGCUUAUCAAAGAGAGGAUGGUGAAAAAAAUGAAGACAAACUCCACACCAAAAUCCAACAUUUCUUAAGUCAUUAUAUCAUAAUGUUAUUUAUGCUUUUCAUGUGGUUGAUGAUUUAUUUACUGUUUUGGUUUAUGGAGGCAGAACAAAGUGAAUAAAUUGCUGCAUAUUUAAUCAUUGGUUA